AUCCGGGCUCAGCGCAACAUCGUAUAUAAAUUAAGUUCAACGACCAUGAGGAUCGACCUCUGAUUUAUUUAUCACAUCUUCUUUUUUCUUUCCCUUGCAUUCUUCAUUUUCUCUUCUUUCAUCAUCUUACAUUCUUGUUAUACGUCGAUUCACAAGAUGUCUGUUCGAGAACUUACUCCUCCUCCCGAUGUUGCCUUGGCUCACACUGAAAUUGAGUACACAAAAAAGGCCCGUCACGGUCACGGCCAAGAUGUCUUGGACGAAAAUAACGUGCGUCAAGUCGCCGGUUGUCUGCCCAUCGAUACCGUGAACCGACGUUUCAUGUUGAUCUCUUCCAGCAAAGUCAAAGGCAAAUGGGUCCUGCCCAAAGGAGGCUGGGAAUCCAAUGAAUCACAAGCCCAUGCUGCCUUGCGUGAAACUUGGGAAGAAGCUGGCUUGAAAGGUCGAAUUACAAGACAACUUGGUGUGUUUGCUGAGAAAACGAAAUACGGUGUCAAGGCCCACCAUUGGAUCUUUGAAAUGGAAAUCAAGGAAGUCGCUAAAAAGUUCCCCGAAAAGAAGAAGCGGGAACGACGAUGGUUUACCUACGAAGAAGCCUUGGUGGUCGUAAGGGCGCCUUUUCUCUUGGAAGCCAUUCGCAUGUCCAGUCUAAAUCCUGAAAAUACUGUGCCACAACAGCAGCAGUCAUCUGCACAGGGCGCAUCACAGUCGCAGCAAUACCUGUCACCGUAUCCACAACAACAGCAACCUUCUCCUUCUCCCGACCAGAAAUGGGGCACAACCCCUGAACCCAUCGUGCUGCAACGUAGUUAUCCUCCUAGCCCACAAGGUUCACUGAGUGAUCAGGGUAACAAGCAGCCUUCGCCCUCGCCACAAUCACAAAGUAGUCGUGAUGAUGCAUCCUCCACCAGCAAACGAAGAUCAUUUUUGAAAUCUAUCUUCUCCCGUAACUAAAAAUUUGCCAUUAUCUACUCUCUCAUGUAUACAUUCAUUAUAGUUGCCCCCUCGGCAUCAUGCUGACAGACUCAAAAAACAAAACCGUACAAAUUCACGAUGGUUACACCUGUCUAGACUAGUCAGCAUAUCCAAACUAGCUAAAUAUGUCAUGUUAUUUUUCCUUUCCAUUUAUUUUGCUAUGAUUUAUCUUUGGGUUGCAGAACCCAUGUUUCAAUACAUCUGAUCUUUUUUUUUUUCGUAAUCAUGGACUUUUUAGAAUGUGUA